CUGCCCUGGGUGAUACUGUGGUGUCUGCACUUCUGGCCCUCUAUAGAUUACCCCUGCUUUUGUCGGUUGGACAAAGAGAGGCCCCUCCCCGCUGCUGACCCGGAGCUUUCAGCGUGGCCCCUUGCCAGGGGAGGCUUUAAAAGGGUGGGGGCGCGUGAGUCCUCUCACUCUCAUUCCAGGACAGCCAAGGGCAUCAAAGCAAGACAAGAUGACUCACCAUUGUACCAAGUUCUCCGGCCACUGGAAGAUCAUUGUCUUCGACGAGGAGUGCUUCCAGGGCCGUCGGCAUGAGUUCACCUCCGAGUGCUGCAAUGUGAUGGAGUUUGGUUUUGAGACCGUGCGCUCCCUCAGGAUUGAGAGUGGAGCUUGGAUUGGCUAUGAGCAUGCUUCCUACCAGGGCCAGCAGUUUGUGCUGGAGAGAGGAGAGUACCCCCAGUGCGAUGCCUUCAGUGGUAGCAAUGCCUACCACAUAGAGAGGAUGACCUCCUUCAGGCCCAUUGCCUGCGCUAACCACAGGGAGUGCCGUAUGACCAUCUAUGAGCGCGAGAACUUCCUGGGUCGUAAGGGCGAGCUGAGUGACGACUACCCCUCCCUUCAGGCCAUGGGCUGGUGCAACAACGAGGUCGGCUCCCUCAGGAUCCAGUCUGGAGCUUUCGUGUGCUACCAGUACCCCGGAUACCGCGGCUACCAGUACAUCAUGGAGUGUGACCGUCACUGUGGCGAGUACAAGCACUUCAGGGAGUUCGGCUCCCACUCCCAGACCCCUCAGAUCCAGUCCAUCCGCCGCAUUCAGCAGUAAUUUCACCCGUUACCCCAAGCUUAUCCCCAAUGCUGAAUAAACUGUCUUUCUAAAACCUCA